CCGCCGCCAGCGACAACGACGACGUCACAUGCUUUCGCUGUUUAUCUUAUCAAUUCGCCUCAGUAUUUCACCCGAACUUGUAGGUAGGUAGUUCGGUCGUGUGCUAUCGCCGGUCAAUUUUCGGAAUAUCAUCAUCCCGUCUCUUCAGAGCUGAAUCAGUCCAAGCGAGAGCCGCUUAGAAGUUGGUGCGUAUUUUUUACUUUAUUUGGUUGAGAAAAAUCCAAACAAGGAAACCGAAAUGGCUACAAGUGAUGCUCCUGUACUGCAAUCGUGCAUCCCGCUUCCCAUUGAGGAGGACCGUCUGCUGGAUAUCGUCGAGAAGGCCAAGGAUUGGGCCAUCAUGCAUGGUGCCGCUAUGCGUUCGAAAGCAAACUUCAGUCCGGAUGCCCUUCAGUUUGCUCCCUUUAUCUUGACACCGAGUUCAUUCCCGAGGAAGGAGUUUGAAAAAGCGGUUGAACUGCAGGUAACGCUGAAUGAGCUGAUGCACUGCGUUGCCCAUGAUGAUGAAUUCUUGAAGGAAACGCUGCAGAACACGAUUCAGGUUGAUGCUUUCACUGGUUCGUUAUUUAAAAUUUAUGAAACCGUGUUGAAAGAAGGCAUCGCUCAGCCGAUUUCGCUGGGCCUCUUACGAUCCGAUUUGAUGCUGGAAACAAGGUGCGAGAACUCAUGCAAGGUCAGGUGCGCCCGGGCCAAGCCCUACUGCUGCUGGAAGCAGGUGGAAAUAAAUUCUAUCGCCUCGGGCUUUGGCCAUCUAGGACCAGCGAGCAAAGCCAUCCAAAGCUACAUCCUAAAGGAAUUGGGUUAUGCUGAUAGACUGGUUGAUCUUCCCGAAAACCAUGCUCUCUCGGGUUUGUGUGACGGUAUGGUAGAAGCAUGGAAGAUCCAGAACAAUCCUUCGGCCGCAAUCAUGUUCGUAAUAGAGGACAUAACCUACAACAUUUGCGAUCAACGGUUCCACGAAUUCUACAUCCGGGAAACGUACCCGCACAUUGCGGUCAUUCGCCGCACCUUGACCCAAAUCUUCGAACAGGGAAAACUGGGACCUAAUGGUGAGCUCCUGAUCGGAGACCUACCGGUUACCGUUAUCUAUUUCCGAGCUGGAUACGAGCCGGGUCACUAUCAUGGACCGAACGAAUGGGCUGCUCGGUUGCUGAUGGAACGAUCCAUGGCCAUCAAGUGCCCUUCGAUCCACUACCAUCUGGCGGGGACCAAAAAGGUUCAACAGGCCUUGGCCAAGCCGGAAAUUUUGAAGCGAUUCAUUGCAGACUCUGCGAAAAUUGACAGCAUCAAGGAUAUCUUCACCGGGUUGUACUCUUUGGACAAGGGGGACGAAGGCGAACAGGCGGUGAAGUUGGCGCUUUCCAACCCGGAGCGAUAUGUGCUGAAGCCCCAGCGUGAGGGAGGCGGCAACAAUGUAUACGGAUCGGACAUCCCCGGGGCAUUGGAAAAGAUGAACGAAGAUGAACGUUCGGCUUGGAUUUUGAUGGAGCGCAUCUUUCCUCCGCUAUCACGUGGUUACAUGGUUCGUCCGGAAGGAAAAAUGCCUCCAGGGAUCGUAGACCUAGUGUCGGAGCUGGGAAUCUUCGGUGCAAUUAUUGGAACGAAGGACAAAAUCUUGUACAACAAGCAAGUUGGACACAUGCUGCGUACGAAAUUGUCCAGUGCGAACGAAGGGGGAGUCGCUGCCGGUUUGGGUGCCUUGGAUAGUCCGUACUUGAUAGAUUAGGGGUUCAAUAAAUAGCCUAAACUGCCAUCACUUCUUGUGACACUAUUCCAGUAAGGUAGGGUAGAUUUUUUUAAGGUUGUCGGGAUAAUGUUCUUUUAAGGCGGAUAUUGGGCACGAUUCUUAAAACAAAAUGAAUGCAUCAAGAAGGUGAAAUAUGCCCUACAUUAUAUUGCUGUGACAGCAUGUAACAAAUGUAUUGAUUCUGUGUGUUCACAAAGCCGUUAUGUGCAAUAUGUGGUGCAAUAUCGUUUAAAUUAGAAGUCACACUUGCAAUCCAUUGCAUAAGCUUGUCAUUUUUAAUGUUUUGAGGGAAUCCCUACCAGUUGGGUCCGACACGUUUGGCAUUUAUCAAACGUCAUUGUACCAAACCAUCGUCCUCGGUUCGCUUUUAACUUACAUGUAACACAAAGCUAAUGCGAAACAGUUUCUCAAUUCAGUGGUAUAAAGCAUCAUUCCUAGCCUUUUACUUCUAACGACUUGGAUUAAUCAUGCAAACUUUCAGAGUAUUUUUUCCAGUUUUUAACAGGCUUUGAAUCUGUAAGCACAACAUUUAUUUAAUAAGAAU